AACACACAACGACUGACGUGGUGUUUCAAUCCUAAAACUCUAAGCUCCUCUCUGUAAAUCCUAUAAAUUCUACCCAAUUGAAUCCCAUCUCCGAUCUCCUUCUCCGGUCACUUUUCUGCUAAUCCCUAAUUCUUCUUUCUAGGGUUUCUUCCAAUUACUCUCCAUCUCUCUUUCUCGCUCGUAAAGGUGGAGCCUUUAUUAGGGCAUAUUGAAGCUCAAGCUGGCCCUUCUCUCUCAAGCCUUAUGCUUCAGCCGUACUACCUUUCUCUCUCCCGAUUCCAAUUAGGGUUUGAAAUUCUUCCUCUUUCCGAUUUUCCUUAGCCCCUUUAGCAUAUGAUUAUACACACAGCGCACAAUUCGGGGUCGCAAUUAGUUUUCUGAGUUAGUUCUCCGAUUUGGUAAAGAUUGCUGCUUGAGGGUUUUGAUCGGCUCAGACUAGAAUUUGGGAAUUAGGGUUCGAUUUUCUGAGUCUGGGUUUUAGAGAAUUAGCUUCCCUAUGGCUCAAUUCAGGCCUUACCCACCACAAUCGGCGUUUCCUCCACCGCCGCCGCCGAAUCAAAACCCCAUAGCGCCGCCGCCGCCACGUGGCAAUCAGUACAGCCAGAAUUGGGGGUAUAACGGCGCCGGCGCCGGCGGAGGCGACGGGGCAGCUCCUCCUCCGUAUCCUCAAAACUACAUUCACCAUCCUCCUAGUAAUUACGUUCCUCCUAGAGCUCAACACCCUCACCCGCCGCCGCAGUACUCGUACCCGCAGCCACCGCCUCCUCCGCCGGACUCUUCGUACCCGCCGCCGCCUCCGCAAGCUCCUUCGGGGAAGAAUAUGCCCCUGCAGCCUCCGCAGGCACCAAUGUACUAUCAGGCCAACUCUCAAUACGCACAGUAUAGUCAUCAGGCAAUGCAGCCGCCGCCUCCUCCUCCGCUGCCUCUGUCUCCUAGCUCGGCUAUACCGCCGCCACCUCCGCCUCCGAAUUCCCCGCCGCCUCCCCCGCCACCGCGGAGUAGGGUGAGUGGCUUCGACAAGGGGCCACAUGACAAAGGAGCUUCCAAGGAUAUGGGAGCUUCUGGCAAGCGUGAGCAUCACCAUCCUGGGGUGCAGCAUAAGCACAAGCCCCCUGUGCCGGUGAAGAAGUCGAAUGGGCCGCCGGGGAGGGUUGAGACAGAGGAAGAGAGGAGGUUGAGGAAGAAGAGGGAGUUUGAGAAGCAACGACAAGAGGAGAAGCAUAGGCAGCAGCUGAAGGACCCGCAGUAUUCGGCAGCAAAGGCACAGUUCCCCUCCGGGAGGGGACAUGGAUCAAUUGCAGGGUCGCGGAUGGGGGAAAGGAGGGCCACUCCGUUCUUGAGUGGUGAGAGGGCUGAAAAUAGGCUAAAGAAGCCAACAACAUUUGUGUGCAAGUUGAAAUUCCGGAACGAACUUCCAGAUCCGAGUGCACAACCCAAACUGAUGUCUAUGAAGAAGGACCCAGAUCAGUAUACAAAAUACACGAUCACAUCGUUAGAGAAAAACUACAAACCCAAGCUUUUUGUUGAGCCAGAUCUUGGGAUACCUCUUGACCUGCUCGAUCUCAGUGUAUACAAUCCUCCUCCUGGUCCUAGACCACCACUUGCACCAGAAGAUGAGGAAUUAUUGCGUGAUGAUGUAGCAGUGACCCCUGUUAAGAAAGAUGGCAUCAGAAGAAAAGAGCGUCCUACAGAUAAAGGAGUUGCAUGGCUGGUCAAAACACAAUAUAUUUCUCCUCUAAGCAUGGAUUCGGCUAAGCAGUCUCUGACCGAAAAACAAGCAAAAGAACUGCGGGAAAUGAAGGGAGGACGCAAUCUUUUGGACAACCUUAAUGAUAGGGAUCGACAAAUAAAGGAAAUUGAGGCAUCCUUCGAGGCCUGCAAGUCACGCCCUGUUCAUGCAACGAAUAAAAGUCUAUACCCUGUUGAGGUUCUACCUCUUUUGCCUGAUUUUGAGCGGUCUGAAGACCAGUUUGUCCUUGCCGGAUUUGAUGGUGCUCCCACCGCUGAUUCAGAAAUCUACAGCAAGUUGGAUCAGUCUGAUCAUGAUCUUUGUGAAUCAAGGGCAAUCAUGAAAAGCUACAAGGUAACAGGUGUCGAUCCAGCUAAUCCAGACAAAUUUUUGGCGUACAUGGUGCCUUCUCCGAACGAGCUAUCAAAGGAUCCAUAUGAUGAAUCUGAAGAUGUUUUGUAUUCUUGGGUUCGCGAGUAUCAGUAUGAUGUAAGAGGCGAUGAUGUUGAUGAUCCAACCACUUACCUUGUGUCAUUUGAUGAAGAUGCAGCACGCUAUGCGCCGCUUCCAGCAAAGCUUAUUUUGAGGAAAAAAAGGGCGAAAGAGGGAAGAUCCACUGAUGAGGUUGAACAUUUUCCUGCACCUUCAAGAGUGACUGUCAGGCGGAGAUCGACUGUUUCUGCAGUUGAACUAAAAGAUGCAGGGGAUUAUUCAAGAGGAGCUCUGUCAAAUUCGAAAAGAAGAGGGUUUGAUAAUGAAGACGUCCUAGAAAGACCACAGAAGAGGGUACAACACCAAGAUGUUGAUGAAUACAGUGGUGGUGAAGAUGACUUAUCUGAUUGAAUGUCAUUGUUGGUCAAUAUGUUGCGGAUCGUCAUGAAGUUAGGCCGACUGGUGCCAACUCAUCUGGGCUUGUUUCCAGAUUGUGGUGAGAUGUUGCUGUGAAGUAAAAGCAAACUAGUUCUGUGUGAUCUAGUUGCAGUCAGUCAUUUGGAUGUCCGAUUGAGCCUUACAUUAUCAACAUGUCUUUUGACAUGACUCAUCUUUGUCAAAUACCAUCAAAAGGGUAAGAAAAAAAAAACCCUUAUAAAGAAGUUAGACAUGUUGAGUAAAGUGCUGUGAAGUUUAUCCAGAAAAAAUAAGUUCUCCCAGCCAUUGUAACUCCCAUUUUAGGUAAUUAAAUGUUUUGGGGUCAUUAUUACUUACUCUUAUCAUUGGAGUUGCAAUGAAAUAUUACAGUAUUGUAACAAUUUUAUGUCAUAUUGAUAGUUGACUGAACUGUCAAUGGUUGAAGGGGCGUAUCCCUGCGCUAUUCUGA